UAGGCAGAAAAACAUUUUAAAAAGCUCAAUUAAUGGCUCCCACUGCAGAAAACUGGAGAGAGGGGGCGAUAGCGCCUCGCAAAAGAAUCGAGGGUUGAAUAAAUUCUCGACAAUGGAAAGAGACUUUUUCGAUGAGGCCCCUUGUUCUUCUAUCGCAGUUGAUUCUAUAAUUCGCAUGGGCACUGCCGGCGUAAUUUGGGGUUCCUGUGUCGGUCCGUUUGAUGCUAACAAAUUGGGUCUCACUGGCAUCGCUCGUGCAUCUUUAGUAGCUAAGUUGGUUGGUCAAUAUGGGCUUCAUUGGGGAUUUUUUGCGGCAAUUUUUUCUUUCACUCACUGUGGAAUUCAAAGAUAUCGCGGAAAAAAAGAUUGGGUUAAUACUUUCACUGCUGGUGUUGCUGCAGGGGCAGCUUUUGGUGCUGGAACCCGAAACUGGAAACAGGUUGCUGGUGUCACUGGUCUUGUUUGUACUUUGUAUCAUUUUGCUGAAAACUCCAGAUCCGUCUAAUGCACUGCAGGACUGAACAAAGAAGCAGAUAGGAAGCUUAUGUGGUGUGGAAUCCAAAAUAUUGAGUCUUGUUUUUCUGGAUGAUCAUGAAGUGGCCCUACAGUCUGCGUUUGAUUAUUAUUAUUAUCAUCAUCAGGGGACUGAAUUAUACAUUAUAUCAGCUGAAUUGUCCAACCAUGGACAUGGACUGAGACUGAGUCCUAUUAUGAAGAAUGAUUUCAUGUAGUUUCAGAUUAUGCAGUUUUAUUCUGAACUCAUUUGAUCAUUUCAUAUGAGAAAUUUUGACAGUUUCUGUCAUUUAAGAGAUUGUGUAACUAUAAUGAGAAUUUGAGGACUGAUUUGCUCAUAUUUAAAGGCUACUGAUUAACUCA